AUGGCGGCCACGGCGAUGGAGCACGAUGGCGGCGCCGAGGUGGUGGUCACCCCGGGGGAGCUCCUCGGGCCCUCCUCGUCUCUCGAGGCCGGGCGCGGCGCCUACGCCGAUGGCCGCUCCGUGCGCGCGUCGGUCACCGGCCGCCGCCGCUUCGUGGCCCCCGCCCCCGGCUCCUCCGACCAGAGGUCCACGGUGGAGGUGGUCGGGCACAAGGCGCACGGGGCCGUGCCGCAGCCGGGGAGCAUCGUCAUUGCCCGUGUGACAAAGGUUAUGGCUAGGAUGGCGUCUGCAGAUAUAAUGUGUGUUGACUCAAAGGCUGUCAAGGAAAAGUUCACUGGCAUGAUAAGGCAGCAAGAUGUUCGUGCAACUGAGAUCGACAAGGUGGAUAUGUACCAGUCAUAUCGACCUGGCGAUAUUGUUAGAGCUCUGGUUCUCUCUCUUGGUGAUGCAAGGGCAUACUACCUUUCGACUGCCAAGAAUGAACUUGGAGUUGUUUCUGCCCAAAGUAUAGCUGGUGGCACGCUGGUCCCAACCAGUUGGACUGAGAUGCAAUGUGAAUUGACUGGCCAAAUCGAGCAAAGAAAAGUUGCAAAAGUGGAGUAG